GAUGGUUCAGUUUGUAUGACAGCUAUAUGUUAUAGUGGUCCGAAUUCGAUUCUGACAAAGGAACAGCUUCUUGAGGAGAAAAUGACGUGUGCAAAGUUUCAGAUCAGUAUCUCAAAAACUACUCGACAGACUGAGAGCCAUGGUAUUCAAAGCGUAUGUAUUUCUCUCUCGCUCUCUCUGUCAGCUUUUACGCCAACAAGUCUAACAAGUCAAUCUGAUUGUAGUAAUUUGUUUAAUUGUCCUUAAAUCUGACGCUGCUAUUUGAGUUAAUCAGAGUUACAUACAGAUGUAUGUAUGUACAUAAGUAUAUAAAGUAUAUACACAACUACAUAGUUGAAAAAAAUAAUACAAUUUUUUUUUUUGCGUAUAGACACGCAUUGUUCCAGCAUAAUAUUAUCAAUAGUGCAUUCUAAUUAGAUCGAAUGUUUGCAAAAGUAAACGAACUCUAAAUAAAAAAAAGCGGCAUGAAAACAGCUGAUUAUUUGUUUACAGCUAAGAAAUAGCUAAGAUUUGUUUGGUGCCGCUGCAAGCAUUCUUUGAAUGCGAAGAUGAGACGGCGGAAAGCUGCACGUGUGUUUAUUUCGACUAUGAAGAGUAUGAAAUAUCGAGAGAGUGGAAUUCCUGACUGGAUUGAGUUCAAAAUAUCUGUUUUUAUAGAAGCAUAAGAGUCUAACGCUCCCACUAUAAAAUAAGGACAACAAUUAAUAAUGUGGCACUUACGACGUUUUUUUACGCAAUUCGCUGAAGAAAUCAGCACACCUACCGAUUUAAUUAGCUGCUUGCAGCAAACGCCUCAAAUGAUACAUAACAGUUUCGGCGGUUGUCGUAAUCUCGAUAGUUUAAUAUGGCUCCACAAUGCGGCACCAUGUUUUCCGCUUCGCGGGGAACAGAUUCAAAUAAUUCAUGAGCCCCACCACUUCUAUGAAACGCUAGUACAACGUAGCGCGUCGGCACGAGACCGUAUUGUCCUAGCCAGCCUGUAUCUAGGUACAGGUCAAUUGGAAAACGCUUUCGUACAAACAUUACGCAGCAGCUUACAACAACAAUCCUCACUGCAUGUCAAUGUAUUAUUGGAUUUUACGCGUGGUACACGAGGUGAAGUCAACUCCAAAACGAUGCUGUUACCGCUUUUACGUGAUUUUGGCGACCAGAUGAAAUUAUCACUCUAUCACACACCAGAUCUACGUGGUAUGACGAAAAGGCUCGCGCCACCACGUUGGAAUGAGCUACUCGGCCUGCAACACAUGAAAGUUUAUCUCUUCGAUGACGCUGUUCUUAUAUCGGGCGCGAAUUUGUCAAAUGAUUAUUUCACAAAUCGCCAAGAUCGUUAUAUACUCAUCGAGGAUAAACCGCUUGCAGAUUUUUAUGCCCAGUUUAUUGCGCGAGUACAGGAAUUUAGUUUGGCUGUUAAUAAAAAUGCACAGGAAGAACUGCAUAAAGAUGGAAAAAUUCUACCGUAUGAAGGUGUAAAAGAAGAAUUCAUUAUGCAUGCAAAACAGCGUAUAUCUGAUUUUAUGAAGGAUACCUAUGUUCAGCAGCAGAAAAUAGUGGAAGAACAAAAAGGUGCUGAUACGUGGAUAUUCCCGCUAGUUGAAAUGGGUCAAAUAGGCAUUCACCACGACAGCCUAGUGACUAAGCAACUACUAUCAUCGCCAAUUGAAGGUUCGCGACUAAAACUUGCCACUGGUUAUUUUAAUUUAACUCAGGAAUAUAUGGAUACCUUGGCUAGUAAUUGUUUGGCUCAGUGCAGUAUUCUGAUGGCCCAUCCUAAUGCAAACGGGUUUCAAGGCGCUAGUGGCCCAGCUGGUGCUAUACCGGCGGCAUAUACCUUAAUAGCAAAGAAGUUUUAUGAAAACCUUGUGCAGUUGAAGCAAAAUCACCGUGUGAACUUCUUCGAGUAUGAAAAAGAAGGUUGGACCUAUCAUGCAAAAGGAUUAUGGUAUUAUCUGCCAGGCACUUCGUUUCCUAACGCUACACUGAUUGGCUCUUCAAAUUUUGGCGAGCGAUCUGUGAAUCGAGAUCUUGAAACACAGGUGUGCCUCGUUACCACAAACGGUGGAUUGACUGAACGCUUACAAAGCGAAGCAGAUCGACUCUUUAGUUCUUCAAGUACUGCUGAAAAUGAAAUUACCUCAAGACAUGUACCUCAUUGGGUACAAGCUGUAGUUAAAGUAUUUAGAAAUUUCUUUUAAGUAGAGGCUAAAGAAGUGUGAAUUUUAUAUCCAUCUUCAAAUUAACAAAAAAAUAUUCCUUUUUUAAUCAUCUGUUUUUGACGCGAAGAUUGCAAAUCCGUGAGCGGGAAGUGAAUAUUUCCAAUAACUUAUGUAUACUUUUAUAUAAAAAUAUAUUUAACACACUUUGCACAUAUUUUUCAAGUAA